UGAGCAGUUUUGGAGAUAGAAAGCAGUGGAGCAUUUGGGAAAAGCAGGAUCUGGGCCAGGCUGGAAUGACAGGUGGAUGGAGUAGGGGGCUGGCAGCCAACCCUGAAGUAUGGCUUAAUGUUUAAGAGUGUGGGCUCUGGAGUCAGACUGCCUGGAUUUGAAUCCGGGCUCUAUCAUUAGUGGCUGUGUGACCGUAGAUAUGUUACUUAACCUCUCUGGGCCUCAGUUUCUUUAAGUGUAAAAUGAAGAUAAAUUACAGUACCUAUAUCAUAUGGUUGUCUUGAAGAGUAAGCAGGUUAUUCAGUGUGAAGUGGUAACAAUGGUACCUAAAUGUACUAAAUGAUCUAUAAAUAUUAGCUGUUGUAUCUUGGAGAAGCCUCAAAUGCCAGAAUAAGGGACUUGGGCUAUCUCUUCUGAGCAGUGGAAGUUAUAGAUGAUGGUUCAUGCAUACAGGAGACAGUUGAUCAAAACUGGGCUUGAGCCGUGUGCUGGGAGGGGAGGUUUGAGAGAUUAGUGGGCAUGAUCCUGCAGUUCUGGCAGGGAGGAGAGGAACAUCUUGGAUGCCGGGGGUGGGCUGAGCUGGGGCUGAACCCUAGAGCGGCGGUGAUGUCAGGGCCACCGUCCCAGGCCCCGGAGGGAAGAGAAUUUGGGGUGGAGGGUGAGCAAUGGGUGGGAGCUCCCCCCAGGGCGGAGCCGAGCUCCACAGUGCUGCAGCCCGAGACCGGGCCUCGUGGGCGCAGCCUUCACGCCACAUCCAGCCCCCAGUGCAAAGCGCUCUGCUGCAAGGCUGGCAGGCCUGUUGCAGCUCAAGCUCCUGCACUGGUAGGGUCCCCCCCAGUACCCACCCCAGCCCAUUUCUGCCCUUUGCCUUCCCCUCUGCCAAAUAGGGGCUGGGGAGUACCCCUUUGCCUGUUUAUCAGCCAAGAGCCUCCAACCUUGUGCCCCCCAUAAUGAGACCAUUCUCUGGGUCCCAGCCACACCUAUUCCCCCCACAGCCUCCUCCAUGCCUCACCUUCGUGUUCCUUCCCGCCCGACUCCUUCCCUGUCUUCCCCACCUCUGUAGCUCUUCACCAUGCAGGCUCGGCUCAAGGCGCCUGGGCUCUGUCGCCACCUGGGUUCCCUGGCAGCCUGGUUGCCAUGGCACCAUGGGAGCAGUUCUGGUGGAACAACAGCUCUGGGAAACCAGGGCGGGCAAUCCCGGGGCCCAGCUCCUGCCACGCGUGGAGACCCCCCUGCCCCCUUUCCCCAGCUGAGCAGAGGAGGCCAUGAGGAGAAAAAGGAAGCUGCCCCGCAGGGCUGCUCUUUACCUGUGAGGAUGCUGCAUGGGAGGCGCCUCCCACUGUCGCUGCUCGCCCUGCCCUGCUGCUGGCCCUGCCCUCGCAGCCAGGGAACCCUGGGAACUGGCUUGGCCUGGCCUGGAGUUCAGGCACCAGGGGGCAGGGGCCAGGCUGCAGGGGGCAGGGCUGGUGUGGAGGGUGAUGCCCCAGGCAGUGACCUGAGCACAGCGGUUGAUAGUCCUGGGAGCCAACCCCCCUACCGGCUGAGCCAGCUGCCCCCAUCCAGCAGCCACAUGGGGGGCCCCCCUGCUGGAGUGGGCCUUCCCUGGGCUCAACGGGCACGCCUCCAGCCAGCCAGUGUCGCCCUGAGGAAGCAGGAGGAGGAGGAGAUAAAGCGCUCCAAGGCCCUAUCGGACAGCUAUGAACUCUCCACAGACCUGCAGGACAAGAAGGUGGAAAUGCUGGAGAGGAAGUAUGGGGGCUCCUUCCUGAGCCGCAGAGCUGCCAGGACCAUCCAGACAGCCUUCCGCCAGUACCGCAUGAACAAGAACUUUGAGCGGCUACGCAGCUCAGCCUCAGAGAGCCGCAUGUCCCGCCGCAUCAUCCUUUCCAACAUGCGGAUGCAGUUCUCCUUUGAGGAGUAUGAGAAGGCACAGAACCCCGCGUACUUCGAGGGCAAGCCUGCCUCGCUGGACGAGGGUGCCAUGGCUGGUGCCCGGAGCCACCGGCUUGAACGGGGGCUCCCAUAUGGGGGCUCCUGUGGUGGGGGCAUCGAUGGUGGUGGAAGCUCCGUCACCACAUCUGGAGAGUUUUCUAAUGACAUCACAGAACUAGAGGACUCCUUCUCCAAACAGGUAAAGUCUCUGGCUGAAUCCAUCGACGAAGCCCUGAACUGCCACCCGUCAGGGCCCAUGUCUGAGGAGCCAGGGUCAGCCCAGCUGGAGAAGCGGGAGUCAAAGGAACAGCAAGAGGACAGCUCGGCCACAUCCUUCAGUGACCUUCCCCUCUACCUGGAUGACACAGUUCCCCAACAAUCCCCUGAGCGACUGCCCAGCACAGAACCCCCACCCCAGGGCCGGCCCGAGUUCUGGGCGCCAGCCCCUCUCCCGCCAGUUCCUCCACCAGUGCCAUCAGGAACCCGGGAAGACGGUAGCCGUGAGGAAGGCACUCGCAGGGGUCCCGGGUGCUUGGAGUGCCGGGAUUUCCGGCUGCGGGCCGCCCACCUUCCCCUGCUUACCAUUGAGCCUCCUAGUGACAGCUCCGUGGACCUGAGUGACCGCUCAGAUCGCGGCUCUGUCCACCGCCAGCUGGUGUAUGAGGCUGAUGGCUGCAGCCCCCAUGGGACCCUGAAGCACAAGGGGCCACCAGGCAGGGCCCCGAUCCCACACCGCCACUACCCAGCCCCUGAGGGCCCAGCCCCAGCCCCACCAGGGCCCCUGCCACCAGCCCCCAACAGUGGCACUGGGCCCAGUGGUGUGGCUGGGGGUCGGAGGUUGGGGAAGUGCGAGGCAGCAGGCGAGAACUCUGAUGGUGGAGAUAAUGAGAGCCUCGAGAGCUCCAGCAAUUCCAAUGAGACCAUCAACUGCAGCUCCGGCUCCUCUUCUCGGGACAGUCUAAGGGAGCCUCCGGCCACUGGCCUGUGCAAGCAGACUUACCAGCGGGAGACAAGGCACAGCUGGGACUCGCCAGCUUUCAACAAUGAUGUGGUCCAGAGGCGGCACUACCGAAUCGGCCUCAACCUUUUCAACAAGAAGCCAGAGAAGGGUAUCCAGUAUCUGAUCGAGCGGGGCUUCCUGUCAGACACACCGGUGGGAGUGGCUCACUUCAUCCUGGAGCGGAAAGGCCUCAGCCGGCAGAUGAUAGGGGAAUUCCUAGGGAACCGGCAGAAGCAGUUCAACAGAGACGUGUUGGACUGUGUGGUGGAUGAGAUGGACUUCUCCUCAAUGGAUCUGGAUGAUGCACUCCGGAAGUUCCAGUCCCAUAUCCGGGUUCAGGGUGAGGCCCAGAAAGUGGAGCGACUCAUCGAAGCCUUCAGCCAGCGGUACUGUGUCUGUAACCCAGCCCUUGUGCGCCAGUUCCGGAACCCAGACACCAUCUUCAUCCUUGCUUUUGCCAUCAUCCUCCUCAAUACCGACAUGUACAGUCCCAGCGUCAAGGCUGAACGAAAGAUGAAACUAGAUGACUUCAUCAAGAACCUGAGAGGGGUUGACAAUGGUGAAGACAUCCCCCGAGACCUCCUGGUGGGCAUCUACCAGCGCAUCCAGGGGCGUGAACUGCGGACCAACGAUGACCAUGUGUCCCAGGUGCAGGCUGUGGAGCGCAUGAUUGUUGGAAAGAAACCAGUCCUGUCUCUCCCUCACCGUCGACUGGUUUGCUGCUGCCAGCUCUACGAGGUACCAGAUCCAAACCGCCCCCAGAGGCUAGGGUUGCAUCAGCGAGAGGUCUUCCUCUUCAAUGAUCUCCUUGUGGUCACCAAAAUUUUCCAGAAGAAGAAGAUCUUGGUGACGUACAGUUUCCGUCAGUCUUUCCCCCUCGUGGAAAUGCACAUGCAGCUCUUCCAGAAUUCAUAUUACCAGUUUGGGAUCAAGUUGCUGUCUGCAGUACCUGGUGGGGAGCGAAAAGUCCUCAUCAUCUUCAAUGCCCCCAGCCUCCAGGACCGGCUGCGCUUUACAUCCGACCUGCGCGAAUCCAUUGCGGAGGUGCAGGAGAUGGAGAAAUACCGUGUGGAGUCGGAGCUGGAGAAGCAGAAAGGUAUGAUGCGGCCUAACGCCUCACAGCCUGGAGGGGCCAAGGACUCAGUGAAUGGGACGAUGGCCCGCAGUAGCCUGGAGGACACUUACGGGGCAGGCGAUGGGCUCAAACGGGGCGCACUCAGCAGUUCCCUGCGAGACCUCUCUGAUGCAGGGAAGCGGGGGCGGCGUAACAGCGUGGGAUCGCUGGACAGCACCAUCGAAGGGUCUGUUAUUAGCAGUCCACGCCCUCACCAGAGGAUGCCACCUCCGCCCCCACCCCCGCCGCCAGAGGAGUACAAGAGCCAGAGGCCCGUCUCCAACUCCUCAUCCUUCCUGGGCUCCCUAUUUGGAAGCAAGCGGGGCAAGGGGCCCUUCCAGAUGCCACCACCGCCAACAGGCCAGGCCUCUGCCUCCUCUUCAUCUGCUUCUUCCACGCACCACCACCACCACCACCAUCACCACGGCCAUAGCCAUGGUGGCCUGGGGGUGCUGCCUGAUGGGCAGUCCAAGCUCCAGGCCCUGCAUGCCCAGUAUUGCCAAGGACCAGGCCCUGCCCCGCCCCCCUACCUCCCACCCCAGCAGCCAUCUCUUCCCCCACCUCCCCAGCAGCCCCCACCCUUGCCCCAGCUAGGCUCCAUUCCACCGCCUCCCGCCUCAGCCCCACCUGUGGGGCCACAUCGCCACUUCCACGCCCAUGGCCCAGUCCCAGGGCCCCAACACUAUACCUUGGGCCGGCCAGGCAGGGCACCCAGACGGGGAGCUGGAGGACACCCUCAGUUUGCUCCACAUGGCCGCCACCCCCUGCACCAGCCCACAUCCCCACUGCCCCUGUACAGUCCUGCUCCCCAGCACCCUCCAGCCCACAAACAGGGCCCUAAACACUUCAUCUUCAGCCACCACCCACAGAUGAUGCCAGCAGCAGGUGCGGCUGGGGGCCCUGGAUCCCGGCCACCAGGGGGCUCCUACUCCCACCCCCACCACCCCCAGUCACCACUGUCACCACACUCACCCAUCCCGCCCCACCCCUCCUACCCACCCCUUCCCCCACCCUCCCCCCACACCCCGCACUCACCCCUUCCGCCCACCUCCCCCCAUGGCCCGCUGCACGCCUCUGGGCCCCCUGGCACAGCCAACCCCCCUAGUGCAAACCCCAAGGCCAAGCCAAGCCGGAUCAGCACGGUGGUCUGAUGAAUGGAGAGAGUGAGCUGGGGAACAGGAAAGUCUGGGGAACCACAGGAGAGGGACCUUACACCCUCUUUGCUUCCUCGGUUUUUUCAAAAAUAUAUAUACACAUAGCAACGUCCUCCUCCCCAUGUCCUCCCUGCCUUGGGACCCGUCCCCUCACCCCCAGCAGUUGCCAUGGGGUUUCCUUCCAGAUUCAAGGAUCCUUGCCACUUGAAGCCUGGACUCAGGGUGCUCCAGCGCUGGGGAGUGGUGAGGGCCUUCCAGAGAUCCUCGUUCUCUUUCUCCUGUCUUCUUCUUCCCCACUUUUCCCUGGAGGUCUAGCUCUGUGGCCUCAGACCUCUGGGCCUGUGUGAGCUCCCUGUCAGCUCUGGCUGGCGGAGAAGGGCAGGUGUCCAAAGCUGUCGAGGUGAAGGCUUCCUCGGGGCUCCUCUGGCCGUGUGGGGCUAGGAGAGCGCUCUGUAGAGUUGUGGCCAAACCUCAGCUGGCUUGGCCCUCUCUCUGACCUCAGGGCCUGGCCACACACUUCCAUGUGUCUUUUUGCCUGCUGGAGGACACGGACUGUCGAUGCACUCGGUGGGUGGGACCCUGCUUAUGUUGGCCCCACGUGGGGCAGUGCUUCCUCUCUCGAGCCAGUCUAUGCCCUUUCUCCAGUAGGCCCCAGCCCAGACCUCUUCGGCUUCAGGAACUUGCCUCGCCCUGCAACGUUCUUAUCCUGAUCAAAGUCCAGACAGGUUUUGGGGGGGCUCAGGUCUGGGAUGAGAAGGGCACUGCCCUCCCUCACCCAUAUUGCAUGCCCCCCCAUUCCCUUACACCUACCCCACCUACAACUGAAGACAAUGCACUUUACAGAUAUCGCCCAUACACACCGCGCUGGGGCAGGGCACCCAGCAUCAGCCCUGGGGAGAGAGGCUCCCAAAGGGCCACCAUGAGCCCAAGAUGUCCUUCCUGAGGCAGAGAUUGAAGCCAUCAGAGCUGGGGUUGGGAGCCAGAAUGCCUGAGUCCUUCUGUCCAUCAGAAUCUCCGCUGCCUCUCCAGCCCUUUUGCAGCCCUGUUUAUUUAUUAUAAAUAUAUUUUUUACAAGCCCCAGCUCCUCUUCUUGCCCCGCAUAUCCAGCUCCUCACUCAGCUCCUGUCUCCCUCUCCCCUCUCCACCAUGGGCUACAGUACAGACAGACAGAGGGACCCUGGCUGUACGAAGGGCCAGGGACACUGGGGCUUGGGGGCGGGGGAGGGUGACAGUGGAAGGGGCUGUAUGGAGAGGAGCUGGGGUUCAGGCAUUGUCUUUUUUCCUCCUUGUAUAUAAGAAUGUAUAUUUGAUGCCUCAUAAAAGACCUUGUGCUCAC